GUGCCGUGAAACGCGUGCUAAAAUCUGUUUCCGCUUUGCCUGUGUCACGUACCGUUCCUGUGUGUCCCCGUGUCCGUGUUUCCACGAUGACGACGGUAGAAGCCCGCUCGCCGGUCGUCGUGAUCGAAACGCCACUCGUGAUUCCUAGGGCAACGCCCGAACCGGGCACCGGCAGCAGCAACAAGAAGGCACCGCAGAAACGCAAAAAACCGACCACUUCCUCCCCAUCGGCGACACCGACGACGGUGGCCAUCAACCGCGACGCUCAAUCGUCACCGGCGGAAGUGAAAACAAACCCCAGCGUGAAUGCCAUCGCGGAAGAAGUAAACGGCGAACGAGCAGUGUCGGUGCCACCAGUACCGGUUCCGUUAGCCGGCACUGCCAGUACCGAGGGUGAGCAGGCGCCGGCUGCGAAAAAACAAAAGAAAAAACAUACCCCCGAAGGCGCGGAACCUGCCGGUGACGGCAAUGGCAAGACCAAACCCAAGAAACUCGCCAAACAGGUCCGGUUCCAGAUUAAGCUGUACCCCCCGAAACAACCGGCGGCAACUCCGACCCCUACGGUCAGCGUAACGAAAAAGAAAAAGGCCAAGCAACAGCAACAAACAGCAGCGAACAGCAGUAAGACCACGGGACCACCACCACCAUCAUCGGAAGCGGACCCAUCGGCCGCCCCGCCUGCUCCAACCAUCCCGGUUAGUACGACCAAAAAACCUACAAAGCGGAAUCGUUCCAAGGGUGGCGCGAAAGUCGCACCCGCGGGGACAAAAAAUGGCACCGAGCCAGAAUCGAACCGCUUCACGUUGCCUCCCUCGACCAGUUUCACGCCCCUCAAGCGGGUGUUGCACGUUAAGCAGGAACCAAAGACAGCGGUUGCGGCGGGUCGUCAGAACGAUGCGAUGGCCAGCGGAAGCGGAAGCAGUAGCGGCACCAAGCGUGCCCCGCACGGGCCGCUGAUCACGGCCGAACUCGACAGUGUCACGAUCGGGCGACAAACGUUCGCGUGGCUCAUCGGGUCCAUUACCGUCGAGGAGUUUAUGAUGGCCUACUGGGAGCGCAAACCGUUGCUGGUUAAGCGCAGCGAUCCGGCCUACUACGCCGGCCUGCUGUCACGUGCCAUGAUCGAUGAAAUGCUGCGCACGAACAACAUCGAAUACACGAAAAACAUCGACAUUACGUCGUACACGGACGGGCAGCGGGAAACGCAUAAUCCGGAGGGGCGCGUGCUACCCCCCGACAUGUGGCACUUCUACGGCGAGGGUUGCAGCGUGCGGAUGCUCAACCCCCAGACCUACCUGCGCUCGAUCUACGAGCUGAACGUGAAGCUGCAGGAGUACUUCCACUGCAUGACCGGUGCCAACUUCUAUCUGACGCCACCCAACAGCCAGGGCUUUGCGCCGCACUACGACGACAUCGAAGCGUUCGUGCUGCAGAUCGAGGGCCGCAAGCGCUGGCGCCUGUACCCGCCGCGCCGGCCGCAGGAAGUGCUGGCGCGCGUCUCAUCGGACAACCUGGCCCAGGACGAGCUGGCCGCCCCGCUGCUGGACGUGGUGCUCGAGGCGGGCGAUUUGCUGUACUUUCCGCGGGGCUGCAUCCACCAGGCGGCCACCGUGUCGGGGACCCACUCGCUGCACGUGACGCUCAGCGUGUACCAGCGCAACAGCUGGGUCGACCUGUUCGAGCAAAUGUUUCCGCUCGCGCUAAGUGCCGCGGCCGAGGAAGACCAGCAGCUGCGCGGGGGCCUUCCGCUCGACCUGCACCAUCACUUCGGGAUCGUGCACUCGGACGAGCUGAGCUUCGACCGGAGGCGACUGAUCGUGCGCAUCCGGGCCAUGUUUGACCGGCUGUUUUCGGACGCCGCGAUCGAUGCGGCCGUCGAUCAGCUGGCCAAGCGCUUCCAGCACGACGCCCUUCCGCCGAUGGUCGACUACACCGAGUGGGACGACACGGUGUACGGCGGCGGCAACCACGAGUUCCGCCCGGACGGCACCGUGCGGUGUGUGCGACCGAUCGAGGAACACUCGUCGGUGCGGCUGCUGCGGCGCAACAUUCUGCGCCUGGUCAGCGAGGAGGACAAGCUGCGUAUCUACUAUCAUACGGACAACUCGCGCGAGUACCACCAGUACGAGGCGAACUUUCUCGAGCUUGACCACGAGACGGCGCUCGGUGUCGAGCUGCUGAUCAAGACGUACCCGUGCUACGUGCUCGUCAGCAGCCUACCGGUCGACGGAAGGCUCGAGUUUAUCCGCAGUCUGUGGGAGAAGGGACUGAUCGUGUGUCGGCGGCCGGUAGCGAACGAUACGGACGCCGAGCGCAAAACCGCCGAGGCACAGGACGUGACCCCUGCAGCACUACCGGUGCCCAGUUCCAAGUCGCCGUAAAUGGAGCAGGAAGACGCGUAUUAGUCUAGAGAGAUUUGCAUUUCUGUGUGCAUUGCACGGUAAUAUGGCCUGUGGCCGACGAGUGCUGAGUGGCCAAGCCAACGGGACAUAGCCAACCUCCACAACCGCCAGGCCCAGUUCGGUUCGUCCCGGUUUUCGAUUUCCUUU